AAAGAUAAUAGUUUUUUUCUUUCUUUCAGUGUACCUGCAGCUGUUAUGAAAAAUGUAUAAACAGGAGCUUCUGUUGUUGAACAAAACACCUGUAUGCUACACUGUACCAAAUGCACGUCGCAAUGCUCUUUUGAAAAAUAAUAAUAUCCCAUCACACGACCCUUACAUAUCAAGAGUGAAUACAGUUUUCUAUAAUUGUUCGUCAACUGAAUGCGUUCCAAUCUCAUUGUAUUCUAUAACGCAAGUGACGUCACCGGAUCUUAAACUAAAAGCGUGCUACCUUCAAUCAGACGCCUACCAGUGCGAGACAUUACGAUUUAAUCACUUAAAAAACGUGGACAAAUUACUAUUUUUAUCAAAUAAUAUAAAGGAUAAGUUAUUUUACUUGGUGGACUGUUUGGUUUAUUCUGACCGUGGGCGAGUGUGCCAUAAGAGGGACGAUGUUGAUUCACACACCAAAUUAGUUGAUACUGGAACUAUAGUAAGACCGAAUGAACCGAAUGUACUAUCGCAAGAAGAAUUCUUGUGCGAAGAAGGCCCAGAAGGAAACGUCAAUUGCGAUCUAGUGCCGUUCGUUCCGUACGAUGAAGGUCUCAAAUUAAAAGAAUCAGUAGAAUAUAAAGAUGACAUUUUACUGAAAACGGGAGAUUACGUUGUAACUUUAAAAAAGAAUUGUAUCGACAGUUGGUGUGGAUUCAGUGGAAUUGUCAUAAAAUAUAAGGGAACGCGUCGAUUUGUAGAACGAGGUGGAUGGACAUAUAAAUGUUUCUAUGCAAAAAAACAACAAGUGUGCAUGCCCAUACAUGAUAAAUUAAAGCAUGUUUAUAACGAACGUGCCUGGUUAAGUUCAUAA